AGUCAGAGCUUUUGUUGGUUGUUUUGUGACCUACUUCCACCAAAGAGAGAAACUGUGAUUAACUGUGAUUGUGGUCAGCGACUUGAGAUUUAACCUCCCCUGCUUCACUUAUUGUGAAAAUGGUCUGCCGCAAUUGUGUGGUUUUAACUUUGCUUUUUAUCAUUAAUGUAAAUGUGGUCUUUAGCCAGACCACUGUUCCCGCAGCAAGGUCUGACUGCUCGCAUAACUUCACCAGCCUGUCGGGCGUGAUUGAGUCGCCUGGUUUCCCGGACAAGUACCCGCACAACCUGGAGUGCAACUUCAUCAUCAUCGUGCCGUCGCACAUGGACGUCACACUGACCUUCCUGACCUUUGACCUGCAGGGGGCAGAGGGCGAGUGCAAGUACGACUGGCUGGACAUAUACGACGGCCUGCCACAAGUGGGCCCUGGUCGUCACUGUGGCACCAAGAUCCCCUCUGAGAUCCAGUCGUCCACGGGCAUCUUGUCUCUGUCCUUCCGCACGGACGGGGCUGUGGCCAAAGAUGGCUUCUCCGUCCGCUACAACAUGACUGACAAAGAAUUCAAAAAGCACUUCCAUUGUAGUUAUGUUCUUGGCAUGGAGUCCGGUCUUAUCUCUGAUGACAAGAUAAUGGCCUCGUCCGUCUUCGCUGAUGGCCACUGGAACGCCCAACAGGCCCGUCUCUACAACGAAGACCAUGCUUGGAUGCCCAGCACCGACAGCCAGAAGGAAUACAUCCAGGUGGACCUGCAGUUUGUGAAGCUGCUGGCGGGCAUUGCCACCCAGGGGGUGGUGUCCAAGCAGACCCAGAAGCAGUACUACGUCACCAUGUUCAAGCUGGAGCUCAGCACCAACGGAGAGGACUGGAUGGUCUACCGCAAAAGCAACGGCAAGAGCCACAUGUUCGAUGCCAACUACAACCCCACAGAGCCAGUUCUGAGUCGCAUUCCUCAGCCGGUUCUUGCACGGUUUGUCCGGAUCCGACCAUGGACCUGGAAGAAUGGCAUUGCCCUGCGCUUUGAGUUGUAUGGAUGCCAGAUCACAGACCAGUCGUGUUCGGAGAUGCAGGGCAUGCUCUCGGGGCUGCUGCCCGACUCCCAGAUCUCGGCCUCCUCCAGGCGUGACCUCCACGCCCCCAUGGGCGUAGCCCGACUGGUGGCCAGUCGCUCAGGCUGGUUCUCCAGCCCUGCCCAGCCCGUGGCAGGUGAGGAGUGGCUCCAGGUGGACCUGGGUGCUGCCAAGGCCGUGCGGGGCAUCAUCACGCAGGGCGCACGUGGCAUGGGGGGUGGGUCCAGCAAAGACAGCCACGCCUACGUCCAGAGGUACCGCCUGGCGCACAGUCUCACGGGCCGCGACUGGACCUUCAUCAUGGACACCAAGACCAACCUGCCAAAGAUCUUCGAGGGGAACACAAACUUCGACACUCCCGAGAUCCGGCGCUUCACUGAGACGGUGGCCCAGUUCGUCCGCCUCUACCCCGAGCACUGGUCCCCCGCUGGCAUUGGCAUGAGGAUGGAGGUGCUGGGCUGUGACCUGCCAGGUGAAGCUGCAUAAUAUAACCUUUGGUCAACAACCUCCUGAAAGGUCAUGCCAAGAGUAGAGGACAUGCUGUUGGCCUACUAAUACCUGAGGCUCAUUGAUUAAGUGCAUGCUAAGAUUACUUAUUUGUCUGCCUGAACAACACUCGAAGUUGUUGAGAAGGUAUUUUGUAUAAAGUAUGUUAAUGAAAUGGAACAGUGUGUCCUGGAGACAGCCAUGGCUAUGCAGGGUUUCACCACUAUCAUUAAACCCCAUUAACCUUUAACAAUUUA